GGGGGGCGCUUCCUGCGUCUCACAUGUACACAACCAGAUGAUGGCUGCUGUAAAGAAAAGUGAUUCCACUAACAGGAGCCUUAAAGAGACAAAUUCAGACACCAACGACGAGGAGAACAACGAGCUGUGUCCCGGUUUCAAAGACGUAGACGCCUUUGUUAAAUAUGGAUUGGGUGCUGUGUUAUCUGCCACUAAGGCGUCCGCCGCCUUGCCACAAGCUGGAGAUGAAUAUGAUUUCUAUCGGAGCUUCCCAGGCUUCCAGGAGUUCUGUGAAAGUCAAGGGGAUAAGCUUUUACUCUGCAUGAGUCAGAUAAUGCAGCACCACGGCUGCAGAUCCCACAUGAGAGACCGGAACAAGCUGACAGGGGUGGAGGAGCGGUUUGACUUGGUUGUGGACUCAAAUGAUGUCAUUCUCGAAAGAGCGGGGAUUCUUCUUGAUGAAGCUGAUGGGGUGAACAGGAGCCAGCAGCCUGUCAUGCCUGCAGGGUUUCAGCCUCCAAAAAUUGUUGUUUCCAGCUGGAAUCGCAAGGGUUUAGGCUCUGGCAGUCGUUCAGAGAUGUUCCGACUGCUCCACGCCAAGAAUGUUGCGAGGCCUCAGCUUAAAUUCAAGGAAAAAAUCGACAACAGCAACACACCAUUUAUUCCAAAAAUCUUUAUCAAGCCCAAUGCGCUGAAGCCUCUUCCUUCUUAUUUCACCAACAAACAAAUCCGAAAGCAGAGACCUGAGGACCUUGAUGUUCCAGCUGCCCUGGCUGAUUUGAUUCACCAGCAAAGGACUCAGGAGCACGUUGAAGACAUGUUUGCACACCCAUACCAAUAUGAACUGAAUCACCUUACAGUUCCAGAGAGCCUUCUGACUAAGCCAGAGCCCCAGAUGUACAAACCAAUGGCUGAUACCAAGUGCUCCUUCAUCGACUCACUGGAGGAUUUGGUCGCUCUGAAUGAGAAGCUGUGCAAGUUGUCUGAAUUUGCAGUGGACCUCGAGCACCAUUCCUACAGGAGUUUCCUCGGCCUCACUUCUCUGAUGCAGAUCUCCACCAGAGAGGAUGACUUCAUCAUCGACACCUUGGAGCUCCGCAGCGAGCUGUACAUCCUGAACGAGGCGUUCACUGACCCAGCUAUCGUCAAGGUAUUUCACGGCGCCGACUCUGACAUCGAGUGGCUCCAGAGAGACUUCGGCUUGUACGUCGUCAACCUUUUUGACACGCAUCAGGCCAGCAGAGCUCUGAACAUGGCCAGACAUUCCCUCGACCACCUGCUCAAACACUUCUGCAGUGUGGACUCAGACAAGCGUUAUCAGCUGGCCGACUGGAGGAUUCGCCCCUUGCCAGAAGAGAUGGUGCAGUAUGCUCGGACAGACACCCACUAUCUCCUGUACAUAUAUGACUCUAUGCGGGCACAGCUGUUAGACUUCAACCACGGCCUGCCUGGCCUUCUGCAAAGUGUCUGGAGCAAGAGUAAGGACAUCUCCCUGAAGAAAUAUAUGAAGCCCAUAUACACGGAGGAGUCGUAUUUGGAGCUGCAGAGGAAGCAGAAAAGGUCUUUUAACACCCAGCAGCUCGCUGCCUUCAGACUGCUGUUUGCCUGGAGGGACAAGCUGGCCAGGCAGGAAGAUGAAAGCACCGGAUAUGUGCUGCCUACUCAUAUGAUGAGCAAGGUAUCUGAGGAGCUGCCAAAAGAACCUCAGGGCAUCAUUGCCUGCUGUAACCCUGUACCCCCCCUAGUGAGGCAGCAGGUCAAUGAGCUCCAUUUGUUGGUGCAGCAAGCCAGAGAAAUGCCUCUCCUUAAGGCGGAGAUUGCAGCUCAAAAGAAGAAAGGACUCACACCCAUUAAAAAGCCAGAAGUCACUUUGUUUGGUCCUCACGAUACAUCCAGGGUCUCUGAGAGUGACCUCCCCGCCUUUCCCACUGAUGAACCACCUGUGAAACAAGGGGUGCUCUUUUCAGACGAUGAGCACAGGAUGGAUGUUGAUGUACAGAAAACAAACGGUCUCAUGGCAUUGGCUAAAAUCACACUGUUUGAGGAGAUGGAAUCACACAUUGAUGAGGAGGCCCUCCCUGUGCCUCAAAUGAAAGCCAGACGUAUCAUCGAGUCAUUUGAAAACCCAUUCAGAAUGUAUUUACCCUCCAGUGAUGUGCACAUCAGCAAGAACGCCAAGUUUGACCCAUCCUCCAAAAUUUUCGAGAUCAGUAAAAGAUGGAAGCUGCAGAGUAUAGAACAGCAACAGAAGGAGAUGGAGGAGAAGAAGAAAGCCAAGCAAGAAGCAAAAGAACGAGCCAAGAAAGUGUCAGAGGAAAGAAAGAAGGCUAAACAGAGCUACCAGGAGUCUCUUCAGAACGUUGCUACAGUUCGCCAGCAAGCAGUGGAAUCUGCAAAAGGAGUGGGACAGAAAAGAGAGAGAGUUGAUGGUGAGGUUGGAGAGUUAACUCCCAAACCGAGUAAGAAGCUGAUGAAAUCUGCCGAGAAGCCCCAGAAAACAGAAUCACCUCCCAAAGACAGCUUCAAGCCCUUCGACUACAGUCAGUCAGACCUCAAAGUCUUUGCUGGUAACAAAGCAAAGGACAACACACAGUUUGAUCCAAACCGGCAAUCCCAAGAUUUUAAGAAAAAGAAAAUCAACAAGGGACAAAAAUCCAAUUUUGCAGCUGGAAACAGAAGUAUGUCAUACAUGGCUGGAAAAUCUGACAGAGGAUUCCGGCAUAACUGGCCCAAAAGAUAAACUCUCUUUGAUCCCCUUUUCCUUUCUUGUUUUACUUUUGUUUUUCAUCCUACAGAAACAGUAUUCCCCUUCUUCAUUUUCAAUUGAAAUGAAUUAUUUCAAGAUUUAAUGUUUUGUUUUUUUUCAUCUGUGGGACCAUUUGCCUGUAAAUAUAUGGACACACUGGCCUCUUCAUUAAAGAUGAUUUUAGAGGAAAA